ACAGUCACUGUGGAGAAAAUACAUUUUGAGAUAAGUAACAGGAGCAAAACCUCUACAGAAGUGCCCCCCUUCUGUGUGUUUAUUUCACUGUACUGCUUCUUGUAACUCUGCCCGUAAUGAAGCCACCAUUAUGUCCUCAGUCAGUGAAGUAAAUGUGGAUAUCAAAGAUUUCCUAAUGAGCAUUAAUUUGGAGCAGUACCUCCUACGCUUCCGCGAGUUUGGUUUUAAUAAUGUGAUGGACUGCACAGGGAUAAAUGACAGCGUGCUGCUCAAAGUUGGAAUAUCACCUACAGGACACAGGAGGAGGAUACUUAAACAGUUACAGAUAAUCUUGUCAAAAAUGCAAGAUAUCCCAGUCUAUGCAAAUGUUCAUAAAACAAAGAAGAGUGAUGAGACCUCAGACAAUCACCAUGCUCCGCCUUCUGAUCAGAACCGCUGCGUAGAACUUUCAGAUUCACAUGGUGUUCCCACGCCUAGCCCAGUGCCAUCGGAGCCUGUUACAAAAAAUCUGGACCAGAAUGAGGUUAGCGUGGAAAAUAGCCAGUCUCUUAAAUCAGAUGAUAAGCUGACUCUUACUACACAUAACUUGCCUCUUCCAGAAGAGGAACCACACUUGAAUUCAGGUUCUUUUCAAGAUUCUUUGUUUGGUAGUGAAAUUACUGAGGUAGAAUCUUUGAUGGACGAAAAGCCUAUGGACUGUACCACCGAAGAAGAACAAACAGAGGUUGAUUUAAUGUCAGAAAAUAUGAGCAAGCUUCCUCAUGCAGACUCUGAAUUCCUUUCUACCCCUGGCUGUUCACUAUCAGAGGCACAUUCUGGAAAUGAAACUAAUGGUUUAUUAGAAAGAUCACCACCUUCAUUCUUUCAGUUUCAAGGAGAAAUGGUUGUAAAUGAUUUGUAUGUUCCAUCAUCACCAGUUGUAACACCUGUAAGAAGCCAUAGCAAGUUGGUUUCAGGACCAUCUCGAUCUUUUCUGCUAAGACAUCGGCCUGUACCAGAGAUUCCAGGGUCAAAAACAGGAAUUUCAGGGAGCUAUUUCCAUGAGAGAAGAAAUGUUCCUACCUCAACUGGCAGAUCUGUGACACAGCAAAAUUCAAAUGAGGAGAAUUCAUCUUCCAUUUUACCCUAUGGAGAGACCUUUCUCUUCCAGAAACUAGAAAAUUCUAAGAAGAAAUCUAUAAAGAAUGAAUUUUGGAUGCAUGAAGAAACACCAAAAGGGGAGACAACUACUGAAAGAAGUUCAUUUUUUGUCAAAUCAAGCAUAUAUGAUAACAGGACAGAGAAUAUAACUGAAGACAAGGUGGAAGAUAUUUGGAUACCUCGACAGGACAAAAACAAUCUUCCUAUAGACUCUGCUUCAGAAUCAGAAUAUUCAACAGUAGAAGAAUGUUUUCAGAGUUUAAGAAGAAAAAAUUCAAAGCCAUCUAAAUCUCGGACCCAAAAAGCAUUGAAUUUGGACCCUGUUAAUAGGCACAGUUAUCCACUAAGUUCAACAAGUGGAAAUGCUGAUUCAUCCAUCAUUUCUUCAAAUGUAAUAUCUCCUUAUGCCUGUUUUUAUGGAUCUUCUGUAAAGAAGGUUAAAUCUGGAUGGCUAGACAAACUCUGUCCCCAAGGAAAACGCAUGUUUCAGAAGAGAUGGGUGAAAUUUGAUGGCGUUAGCAUUUCUUACUACAAUAAUGAUAAGGGAGAGAAGAUAAAACCAAAAAAAUGGAAAAUAAGGAGAAGAAAGAGUUAUUCUGAGAAGUAUUCAAAAGGAAUAAUUCCCCUUUCUGCUAUAUCUACAGUACGAGUUCAAGGAGACAACAAAUUUGAAGUUGUUACAACACAGAGAACUUUUGUUUUUAGAGUAGAAAAAGAAGAGGAGAGAAAUGACUGGAUCAGCAUACUGUUAAAUGCACUGAAAUUACAGGCCCUUUCCUCACAGUCUCAAGCAGCUGUUGCACCUGAGAAAUGUGGAUAUCUUGAACUGAGAGGUUAUAAAGCCAAAAUUUUUACUGUGUUAAGUGGAAACAGUGUGUGGCUCUGCAAAAAUGAACAGGAUUUUAAGAGCGGACUUGGUAUUACCAUAAUUCCUAUGAAUGUAGCAAAUGUAAAGCAAGUAGAUCGAACUGCGAAACAGUCUUUUGAAAUAAUCACUCCUUAUAGGAGUUUUAGCUUUACAGCCGAGUCUGAAAAAGAGAAACAAGAGUGGAUUGAAGCUGUGCAGCAAUCAAUAGCAGAGACUCUCUCUGAUUAUGAAGUCGCUGAGAAGAUUUGGUUCAAUGAGUCCAACAGGAGCUGUGCAGAUUGUAAAGCCCCGGAUCCUGACUGGGCAUCCAUCAAUCUCUGCGUAGUCAUCUGUAAGAAGUGCGCAGGGCAACAUAGAUCUUUAGGACCAAAAGAUUCCAAGGUUAGAAGUCUAAAAAUGGAUGCCAGCAUUUGGAGCAAUGAGCUCAUUGAGCUUUUUAUUGUCAUUGGAAACAAAAGAGCAAAUGACUUUUGGGCUGGUAAUCUUCAAAAAGAGGAAGAAUUACACGUGGACUCUCCAGUAGAAAAGAGAAAAAACUUUAUCACUCAGAAGUACAAAGAGGGAAGAUUCAGGAAAACCCUCUUGGCAUCUCUCACCAAGGAAGAGUUAAAUAAGGCUCUGUGUGCUGCCGUGGUGAAACCGGAUGUUCUGGAAACAAUGGCUUUGCUGUUCAGUGGAGCAGACGUUAUGUGUGCAACAGGUGAUCCUGAGCAUAGCACCCCCUAUCUUCUGGCUAAGAAGGCAGGGCAGAGUCUGCAGAUGGAAUUUCUCUACCAUAACAAAUUCUCAGAUUUCCCUCAACACGACAUACAUUCUGAAGGUGGAUUAAGUCAAGAGUCCUCCCCAUCCAUGUUCCUCUGUGACUUUUUGUAUCAGGCUCCAGCUGCUGCUUCUAAACUCUCUUCAGAAAAAAAACUGCUUGAAGAGACAAAUAAAAAGUGGUGUGUUUUAGAAGGAGGCUUCUUGAGUUACUAUGAAAGUGAUAAGUCUACCACCCCUAAUGGCACCAUUAAUAUCAAUGAUGUUAUCUGCCUGGCUGUAAACAAAGAAGACUUCUGCAUAAAUACUGGGCCCAUCUUUACCUUUGAGAUCUAUUUACCUUCAGAACGUGCAUUUUUAUUUGGAGCUGAAACAUCCCAAGCUCAGAGAAAAUGGACAGAAGCAAUAGCCAAGCAUUUUGUUCCCUUUGUUGCUGAAAACUUAACAGAAGCUGACUAUGAUUUGAUUGGUCAACUCUACUACAAAGACUGCCAUGCCCUGGAUCAGUGGAGAAAAGGCUGGUUUGCUAUGGACAAAUCUAGUUUGCGUUUUUGCCUUCAAAUGCAAGAAGGUCAGGAGGAUAGAAUGAACUUAAGAAGACUGCAAGAACUAACAAUUAGCACAAUGGUUCAAAAUGGAGAAAAACUGGAUGUCUUGCUCUUGGUAGAAAAAGGGAGAACAUUAUACAUCCAUGGGCAUACCAAGUUGGAUUUCACAGUCUGGCAUACUGCAAUUGAAAAAGCAGCAGGUACAGAUGGUAAUGCAUUACAAGAUCAGCAGCUCAGCAAAAAUGACGUUCCCAUUAUCGUGAACAGCUGUAUAGCAUUUGUUACACAGUAUGGUUUGGGGUGCAAAUAUAUCUAUCAAAAGAAUGGUGAUCCUCUGCACAUAAGUGAACUCCUGGAGAGUUUCAAAAAGGAUGCAAGAAGCUUUAAAUUGAGGGCUGGAAAACAUCAGCUUGAAGAUGUGACGGGCGUGUUGAAGUGUUUUCUCUCUGACAUUGAUGAUGCACUUCUUACCAAGGAGCUCUAUCCAUAUUGGAUCUCUGCCUUAGAUACCCAAGAUGACAAGGAAAGAAUAAAAAAGUAUGGAGCCUUUAUACGUACUCUUCCUGGGGUCAACCGAGCAACAUUGGCAGCUAUAGUUGAACACCUUUACAGGGUUCAGAAAUGUUCAGAAAUCAAUCACAUGAACGCCCAUAAUUUGGCCUUGGUCUUUUCCUCCUAUUUGUUUCAAACUAAGGGACAAACUAGUGAAGAAGUGAAUGUCAUCGAGGAUCUAAUUAAUAAUUAUGUUGAAAUAUUUGAGGUUAAAGAAGACCAAGUCAAACAAAUGGACAUAGAAAAUAGCUUUAUUACCAAGUGGAAAGACACUCAAGUUUCCCAGGCUGGAGAUUUGUUAAUUGAAGUAUAUGUAGAAAGGAAGGAACCUGACUGCAGUAUUAUAAUCCGGAUAUCUCCUGUGAUGGAAGCAGAAGAAUUAACUACUGAUAUAUUAGCGAUAAAAAAUAUAAUUCCUAUGAAAGAUGAUAUCUGGGCCACAUUUGAAGUCAUAGAAAAUGAAGAGCUUGAACGCCCUCUUCACUACACAGAAAAUGUGUUGGAACAGGUGCUUCGGUGGAGUUCCUUAGCUGAACCUGGAGCUGCUUAUCUUGUGGUGAAGAGAUUCUUAACCAUUGACACAAUUAAACACUAUAAUGAGAGGAAGACCCUGGAAAAUAUCAAAGAAGGAGUCUUGAAAAUCAAAGAAGAACCGUCUAAAAUACUGUCUGGAAAUAAGUUUCAAGACCGGUAUUUUAUUUUACGAGAUGGGUAUCUCUUUCUUUACAAGGAUCUGAAGAGCAGUAAACCUGAUAAAAUGCUUUCUGUCAGCUCAAUGAAGUUUUAUCUUGGAGUGAAAAAGAAGAUGAAGCCUCCAACAAGUUGGGGAUUGACAGCAUAUUCUGAAAAACAUCACUGGCACCUGUGUUGUGACAGUUCACAAACUCAGAUGGAGUGGAUGGCCUAUGUCUUUAUUGCCCAGCAUGAAAAUGAUUUAUGGCCACCAGCUGGAAAGGAACGAAAACGUUCUAUAACCAAAAACCCCAAAAUCGGAGGCUUGCCUCUAAUUCCCAUCCAGCAUGAGAGAAAUGCAACCCAAGCCCGGAGAGAGAUCGAGAGUGCAAGAGCAGAAUUGGAAAGACUGAGGCUCGGCGCAAAGCAUGAACUAGAGCUUGGGGAUGGGACCUUAAAGCAGAGAGCCUCUCUCGUGGCCCAGUGCCUGGAGCACAAGGAUGAGAAACUUCGAAAUCGAACCAGAAAACAUCGGAGUUUCAACUGUCUAGAGGACACAGAGACUGAGGUCUUUCAAGGGCAAGAGAAAAGUCAUAAAGGUGUAAAGACAUUGAGGAAAACUGAAGACAGGAAUGACAAAGCUACUUUGGACUCUAAUAAUAAGUUACCACCAAAGGUCAUUGAAGAGCUUAGUGUGGUUCUACAGCGGUCAAGAAUCCUUGCAAAAGAGUUACAGGGUGAGCAGAUUGUGCAGAAGGAAAUAAAGUGACUUGUCUUGCACAUUUUUUUUUAAUGUGUACAGUGUUUGCAAACCAGAAACCAAACUAUAAGAUAAUUCAUGGCUGGCUAUCCUUAACCAUUUAAAGAGCAUUUAAAAAUAUGUAUGUAUAUAUGUGAUAAGUGUAAGAUUAACUGUUUUGGCCUGAAUAAAGCUUGUAUAGUUCAGCUAUAUUAACCUUGUGUAGGAAGGCCUUGGGUCACUUGAGUGGCCAACCUUUUGAAGUAAUAGUUGACCCUGAACAUGGGGUGGGGGUUGGUAUGUUAAUCCUUGUAUAAUUUAUAAUUGACACUUUGUAUCCAAAAUUCCUCUGUAUUUGGGGAUUCAAACAAUUUCAGAUAAUGUAGUAUAGUAUUUACUAUUGAAAAAUAUUCACAUAAAAGUUCAAACCUGCAUUGUUCAAGGGUCAACUGUAGUUGUCUGUUCAGUGGUGUAAAUUUAUGAGCAGAAAUUGCAAACUGUAAUGUAUUGUAUAAAAUGGUGUGUUUAAAUGAAGCCUAUGAAACUAUAUGUAACACAUUUUGCACUUUGAGAUACCUUGUAUAUAAAGUUACCAUAUGUUUUUAGGUUUACAUAGGGUCCACCUGAGGGAAAUGAAAGGGAAGAACCUUGAAAAAGGGGAGGAUUUAUUUAGUGGCUGCUUAUCAAACAACACUGGGCUUUUAAAAAGAAGAAAAGUGUUAACAAAUGUCUUAAAAACCAAGGAGCUCAGCUGAGAUUCAUUUCUAGUUCACUCUUAAUCAACACUUGUUCAUGAGAAACUGCAUGUUAGGAAAAAAGUCUAGAGACUAAGAAUUUCCCAAGAGUAGUAUUCAGCCAACAAACAUGAAUUAUGGCACUGACCACUCUUACUUAUGGCGUCAGUGAACCAGCCACAGUAAAUCUCCAUUCACUACACUUCAGUUCUUUGCAGGUGGCUGCUGAGAGGAAACUUAACACUGCAUUGAAGAGACUAUGUGCACAGGACCCAGCAUAUAUGCCACUUGCACUGUUGCUGUAUACCUGCAAGUUUUUUAUUUAGAGUUCCUUACUGCCGGUAUGGUACAAGCAGCAUUCAUCAUCGCAGGGUUUUGUUAUUUUUUAUUUGAUUUUUUUUUCUUGGUAUUGUUUCACUUUGUAUGUUCAUUUAUUUUUAGUAAGAUUGUAAUGUCUUCUCUGCAAAGUCAGAAUUAUUGGAAGCAUACAACAUUUGGCCAUUUGGGAGUAGCGGUUAGAGUAACUCUACUUUGGGGGGUUUCCAGUUCCCUUUUAGUCUUUUGUUUCUUUUUCUUUCUUUCUUUUCUUUCUUCUCCAUAUGCCUAAUGCCUGAGCCCUCUAUUUUUGUUUCUACAUGAAGAGCAGCAACUGACUUGGCUAUUUUCUUCAGACAGAUGAUACUAUCUAAUUAUAAUUCAUAUUAAGGGCAGCACUUUUCAUCAGAUUCUUUAAAAUUUUGUUAGGUCUGGUAAGGUCUUUUUUUUUCCUCCACACUCAUAACAUGCAGAAGUUCUUGAGCCACGGACAGAAGUUGAGCCAUAGCAAUGACAAUGCCAGAUCCUUAACUGCUCGGCCACCAGGAAACUCCAAUUAGGUCUGGUGAGUUUUGAUUAAAGUUAGUAGCCAAACUGUAUUCCAACCAUUUCCUUUUUUCCUCCAUUUUUCAGGUUGCUUAUCAAAACUGGUCUGUAUAAAAAGUCCCUUACUUCAGUCGGUCCAAUCAUAGUGCAGUAAUAUGCGGUUAAAAACUAUGAAUUUCUUCAUUGUAAAAUACUGAUCACUUGUAUCUGGUGGUGAUAAAAUAGUUUACCACAGGUAUGUGAUAUUUAUUCUUUAAAUCCAUAUAGAUUGGAAUUUUUUUAAAGAAUGAAACUGCUGGUCAGUUUAUGAGAUAGAUGGCACUACUGAGGAGACAUCAUUUAAAGCAAGAAAUCAUGGUAUUUAGGAAAAGAUCUAAAAUAAACUUAUUUCUAAUAAAUGACAAUAUGUUUUAUGAAAUCAGGAGACAUGAAAAUUAUGUUUGACAGUGUUGGACAAUGGGAAAGUAAAUAGAAAUUUUUAAUAUGCCUUAUCUGAAUACUUUUAAAACUUGAGAUUAAAAUCUGAAAACUUGUUUCCCCUUCCUUUCCUGUACAAUUGUCUCCAUUUUUCAAGUGUAAAGGCUAAUGAUGACAUCUCAUAUAUUUUGAAGAAAAAUUAAAAUUGUUUUACAAGUCCA